AUGCCAUACUUUUUCCAUGUCUUGUCCUCCUGCCAACUAAGGCCGGCGCUCAAGCGGAUUGUGCCGCGCACGCAAUUGCGGGAGUCGAAACGUCAGGAGAGGGAGCAGCUGCACGAGCGUCUGCAGAACCUGAAGCCCGCGUUACUGCGCUCCUUGCUGUCGCGGGUGCUGGAUCUCACGCUCUUGGAGACGCUGCAGACAGGACAGCUGGAGCGCUUGCGCUUCCGCUUGAACUUCCUGACGAGAGACUUGGCGCCGUUGUUGCUCUCGGAUGAAGACAGUGAUUCGGCACCAGCUGGCCCCAUUGGACCAUUUGGUCUUCAAGGUCCCUGGCGGCUCUUUGGUUUCAGGGGGGACCAAGUUUUGACGCGCUGGAGCAAUCACGAGUUGGUCGCCAAUGAAGUCCUGGAAGCCAUGUCGAAGCGCAACUCUGAGGACAACGCCGAGGAUCUGGACAUUGAAUGGUCUGCGCGGGAGACGGAGAUCUAUGGUGGCGAUCGCUGCCGCCUGGUGCGGAACAUGAAGCAACUCACACACCUGGAAGAUGAUCAUGAAGGCGUUCUGCUGGCCGUGGUCUAUGGAGCAGUUUGUGCCGUGGGAUCAUUGCCGCACCCCGUGAGUUUGUGGGCUUUGGACGAGAAGGAGGCGGAAGCAAAGGCGCAAGCCAUGUGUAAGGCCAUUCGCCAGGUGAUCCCCACAAGGGCGCAGUAUUUGCUUCAGCCCAGCGAUGUCACCAACAACAAAGGCGGCCUCAUUCCGGCGUUGCUGGCGGUGAUCUUCAUGUUGAAUUCAACGUUACCAUGCAGCUGGAAACACGAGGUGUUGCACUCGGCCAGUUUCGCGAUUCAAAGUGCCGUCGCGCAAGAGGUUUACAAAGAGCCAAGGAAGAAGACGAAGGGUCAAAGUGGGCAGGAGUUGAGCUUCACUCCUAUGGACCUUCCAGUGGUGCCUGACGCGCAGCAGCGCAAGCGGGAACUUCAGAAGCGCAUUCAGAUGUGGCUCAUCGAACCAGACGACAGCUUCAACUUCGACGCUCCAACGAUGGCAGACCCCGUGGUGAAAUCCAUCUUCCAACAGAUCGAAGCCAUGGCCGGCCCCUGGGCCGUGGAACAUCCGCAGGAUUUUGCGCUUUUGCUCAAGGAGGAUGAGGCGGCCCCGACCCUGCUAGCGUUGCCGGCGCAUGAACUCCUCCUGCGCUGGGUGAAUUUUCACCUCAAGGCAUUUCGUAGAGAUCCGGACGCAGGACUGUUGAACCUCAAUGAGUUGGACCUGGCUCUUCUGGUGGAACUCUUGACCAAGCUAGCGCCUGAUGUGAUGAAUCUCCAUGAAGAGGAACAGACGGCGCUGCGCAUGUCUCACAACCCCACGGCAGCGGAAGCCGCGAGUCUCAGCCUGGUGACGAAGGUGGCCACACGCUGCACCGGCUAUGAGAUCUUGACCGAGGAGGUCUUGAAUGACGAACAGACGGACAUGAUGGCCUCCUUCCUGGCCGAGCUCAUGGCCUCCGGCCGUGCCCAGCUGCCGGUGCGCAAGAGCAGCGAGAUCGGGCAACACAUGGAAACGCUGGCCUCCAUCGUCUUGGAGGCAGCGAAUACCCAGAACACUCAGUUGGUCAGUGGGCUCUGCAGCUACUUACGCGAUCACCAGCAGUCCUUGACGACACCUGGCGAUGGCUACGAUGUUUUGCUAUGUUCUACCAUGUAA